AACGAGUGAUGGCCAUUCCACCCUCUCCUACUCUUAGUAAACCAUUGCCUGCUCUUCCAUCUGCAGAGGCCGGGCCUAGUAAGCGCGUCGUGUCGCCGUCAAAUAAGAGGGCUGCGUCGACUUCGCUCUCUGAUUCUGAAACGCUGGUCACGAAAGCCAUAAAGACGCCGCAACCGAUGGUGCGUUCUCUGAAAGUGGGCUCUGCAAAGUUAGAUGCGCAUAGGAGAAAGAGGAGGAAGAAAAGGUUUUCAGUAACGAGAAAAGUGCUUAACGCUUCAAGAUCAUCUCUUGCAACCAGUAGCACGAUGUCGUUGAAGGGAAAAGAACAGGAAGUUAAUGGAACUACGAACAAUGAACGACCUAGAGAUGAUGUUGUAGAUGAGAAUGCCAGCGAUGAACUGGUUUCUUUACGCACGAAGUUUGAUCAACAGAAGAUACUUUUGGACGCGCAUAAAGAAUUUCUGGAGUUGCUUGCACCAUCAUUGACGUGUCAAAUCUGUCUUGACCCAAUGUACAGACCAUACACAUUAGCGCCGUGUGGCCACACAGCGUGUUACGAUUGCCUUCUUGCAUGGUUUCGAGCUCCUCCAGCGCAUAUUGCUCAACCUCCUCCGGAUCAUCUGUUGCACAACUUCGACGUGGAUGACCCUACUUUACUUGCUCGUGACACUCCGAUGUUGCUCAGGAAAGAGAAGACGUGUCCUCAUUGUCGGGCUGUCGUCCAAGAGGCGCCAGUAGAGGCUUGGGGAAUAAAGGAUAUAGUCCACCACCUAUUUGAUCACAAAGGCGAUGUAGCGAAGGAGUUGUAUCCGUCACAUACUAGACAACGGGAGGGUGACACAGUCCCAUCAGGUGCAGAGGCCUGGAAUGGGGUCUUCAGACGCGCUCACAUUCCUGGGCUGCUAGCAGUUCCGAACAGGAACAGACGCAACAGAGAUGAUGCCGCGAAUGGCGAGGAAGAUCAAGGAGACCGGGGCUUCUACGAUGAGGAAGACGCUGUGUAUAGGUGCACACAGUGUUACCAUGAGAUCUGGGAUGGUCUUUGUACCUCGUGCGGCCGACUUUAUCCCGGUUUGCAUCGAGAUUUCGAGGACGAAGAUGACGACGCGGAUCCUGCUCAUUGGAUGGAUGCAGACGAGUUCGACGGACUUGCCGAUCAAGAACUUGCUGCCAUGGAUGCAGAGGAUGUCAACGGAGAACUAAAUGCGCAUUUUCGGGGUAUAGUGGGUGCACUCGGAUUCUAUCGUACUAUGAAUGCUCGGCACGAUCACGAUGAAGAAGGCGCAGAUGACGAUGGCUAUGAGAGUAGCUUCAUUGACGAUGGAGAAGAGCAACCUAGGAUUGAUGAAUUCCAUUCUGCCGAAGAAGAUGGCAAUUUCGAGACUGAGGAUGAAGUGAUGUCCGACAUUGUCGAAGAUCAUAGACCUCGUAGAAUUGUUCCUCCCCCUAUUGCUCGUGCAGAUGAUGAUUCUGCCGAAGAGGCACGAGGCCGACGACGACUUUCAACGAUCAACUUGACAGAUUCAGACUCAGACGCAUACAGACGUCCGACCAGUUCACUGAGAAGGGGCACUCGGGCCCUUCGUACACGUAUAGAAUCGGAUGAUGAUGCCGACAGUGAUGUGCAGCAGGUCAGACGUAUUCGUGUUCCAGGGGGGUCACGAGGCCGCCACGUAGUUAUUGACUCAGACUCGGAACAUGAAGACCAGCACUCUGACGAAGAUGCUCACGCUCACCGUCGUGGUGGACUCUAUCGUCGUUCAUUGUCCGACGAAGAAAGUCUUCAAGGAAGCUUUUCUGAGAACGGGUCUGAAAAUGGCAGUGACCACUCUUCGCAGCAUGAUCUUCGUGGUUCAAUAUCUGGGCUGUCUCACGAGAACUACGAGAACUACGUGUUUUCAGACGAGGAGGAUAUUAGUUGGUGGAGCUGAAUUAUUGCUUUAUCGAGUGUUCAUUUUAUUUCUAAAUUCCUGUGUAGCUGACUGCCUUGCUUUCUGUGUUACUGCAAAUAAAUUCUAUCAUUUAUCG